UUUCUUUGCCCCAUGUGCAAUAGACACUUCACUCAAAAAGGAAACCUCAAGACCCACAUGAUGAUCCACACCGGCGAAAAACCGUUUUCGUGUCAAAUUUGUGGUCGAAGCUUCACGCAGAAAGGAAACGUAGAUACCCACAUGAAGAUACAUACUGGCGAGAAGGAUUAUGGCUGCUACAGCUGUGGCAAGCGUUUUGCUCGGAAAGGAAACCUGAAAACUCAUCUUCGCAGCGUUCACUCGAUGGAGAAACCGUUCGCUUGCGGUGUUUGCGGGAAAUGCUUCUCCCAAAAGGGGAACAUGCAGACACACUUGCGAACUCACAACAAAGACGAUCGAUUCCCGUGUCCUUUGUGUGGAAAAACUUUCUCCCAGAAAGGGAAUCUGAAGACGCACAUUCAGCGACACAUCGGUCAAGCAUCUUCCAGAUCAUUUCAACCAAACAGCGCGCUGCAAGACUUCUCUUCGCUCGGAAUGGCUCCGCCGGAUUGGUGUCUCUCUUUAGAUCCACGCUUGUGA